AAUGAAAUCAAUGAGGUUCCUUUUUUCGACGUGCAGCUCCCUUACGAGCUGGCACUGAAGAUAUUCCAGUACCUGGGCAAGGCUGAGCUGGGCAGGUGUGCUCAGGUCAGCAGGACAUGGAAAAUCCUUGCAGAAGACGAAGUGUUGUGGUACCGGCUGUGCCAGGAGGAGGGAUACCUGUUGGACAUGAGCAUCUCUGACCAUUCCUGCUGGAAACUCGCCCUCAAAAACUGCAGAGCCAGAGAGCACAUGCUGAAAACCAACUGGAAGAACCGUGUGGGUGCCGUGAGCCAGCUGCACUACGAGCCCGGCCGCGUCCACGUCUGCUUUGUGAGGAUCAACAGCUCCCUGGCCGUGGCUGCCCACGAGGACGGCACUGUCAGUGUUUGGAGCCUGCUGCUGGGCCAGGAGCCCAUCCAUCACUUCCAGCACAACCAGCACCUGCAGGCGCUGGCGCUGGCCCCGGGCGGCGCCGCCGUGGCCACGGCCUCCGGCUUCCAGGUCAGGCUGGAGAGCCCCGACGACAGAGGAUUCUGGCAAACCCCAGGGACCUUUGAAAUCCAGAAACUGGUCAACUUCCUUAAUCUGGUUCCAGAUGUGACGGGGAGCCCGGUGGCAGUGGCAGCUGCAGAGGACAUUGUGUAUCUGCUGAAGGCUGAAGCUCCUGGCAGGAUUCUGCACUCAGUCUAUGGCCAGCCUGUCACCUGCCUUGAUGUGGCUGCUCACGAGGCUGCCUUUGGCAUCAAAACCUUUGGCUGGCUGUUGAAUGAGCCCAACCAGAUCCUCCUUUACAACCUGGAAACAAACCAGUGUGUGACCAAGCUGGGCAACUCCAUGGGUGCCUUCUCAUGUGUCAACCUCCACAGCAGCCCCCCCAACAUGCUGGUGGCAGGCAACAAGGACAGAAGGGUGAGGGUGUUUGACCUGCGGUGUGGCGAGGCCGUGUGCUGCGUGCAGGGGCACCAGCUGGGCGUGUGCUCCGUGCAGAUGGACGAGUGGAAGGUGGUCAGCGGAGGGGAGGAGGGGCUGCUCUGCGUCUGGGACCAGCGCAUGGCCACCAAGCUCUGGGAGAUGCACGCCAGACACCCAGUGCGCCACGUGUGGUUCGACUCCCACAUCCUGAUCACUGCCAACAUCCCCGAGGAGAAGAACCCCCGAGGCUCCAGCAUCACCGAGGACGACCCCAGCUUGCACCGAAAGUACCGAGGGGUAAUUUAUUCCUACGAUUUCUCCGUGGACCAGCUGGCCGUGGACAGCGUCCUCCCCAUCUGCCGCUCCUCCUACGACGAGGUGUCAGGUUACAGCUACAACAUCGGCCUGGCGGUGCCCUACGACAGCAUCUAGUGCCAGGGCACGGCAAAACCCCUGUGGGACACGCACCCAGGAGCUGGGGUGGGCUGCAGAAAGCCCUGGGGUGUGAACCCCAGCAGGGCAGGGCUGCCCUGCUGCAGUGCGUCACUCUGGACAUGUCCAGAGAUCCAGCCUGGGGCAGUGGAGAGGCUGAGAAAGGAAAGGGAGCGCUGCAGGGUGAGCAAAAAUAUUCCUGCUGCUUGUGGGAAAGAUGCUGCAGGGCCCAUGCUGGUCAGGAAGCCAGAGUGGGACUCUGAAGGGGUGGGAGCUCUCUGAGUGAGGAGUUCUUGCCUACCCCAAGAGGGAAAAAAAAUCACCAAGGAUUGGAAAAAGCAUGUGCUGAGGCACAUGUUUGAAAUGUCUGUCCUGGUAUUGAGCUGCUGGUUCUUGUUUUCCUUGGAGAGCAUUGGGAUGUGCCUGGGAACAGCAGGCACAAAAGGUUACAGAGGCUGGGAGAGGGCUUGGGAUGGAGAGAGGGAGGGAGGGGAAGGUUCCCUAGGCCAGGCUGGAUGCUUGGGAACUCAGCAGGGCACGCACACACACAUCAAAGUUAUUUUAGAACAAUUUAUUUUUUUAAUUCUUUAAAAUCCUGGAUCAGCUGUUUUCUAAUUGUAUGUGUACAUCUGUCAGUGGAAAUUUGUUCCUGAGCCUUUUAGGGUGAGCUGAGCCCUGCUCACUGGGACCCAGGGCUGGCUCAGCUUGUCAGGGGUGUUCUUGGCUGGAGAAACCUGGAGGGUUUUCAGUGCUGUCCCUGCUUCCAAGCUGGGAACUGACCAUGGAGCAGAGGGGAUGAGGUGGCCCCAGUGCCCUCCUGGGUGCUGAGCCCCAGAGCUGUGGGGAAGCAGCAGCUGAGGGGCAGGAGGUGCUGCUCAGGUGGAAAUGAGGAGUGAGGCUUUGCCUUGAGCCCAGGUGGCACUGACAGACAGGUAAAACCAGUUUGGGGAACAAAGGCUCCAGUCCUGCAUGGAGCUUUUUGCUGAUUUGAAAUGAUUUUAUUGUGAUCUGCCCUUGUAAACUGGCUGGUGCAAAGCAAAGCUGUGUCAGUUCUGUUUAAAUUGAGAUUAAGUUUUAACUUACAGCACCUUUUGUCCUGGGUUAAUGGAAUCCGUGUGAGCUGAGGGAGGGGGGGUGCAGGAAUGUGCCCAGACCUGCAGGAGAGGGGCUGGGCUGGCCCUGCACACACAUGGGCUUCACUGCUUUCCUUCUUUGCCUUGGGCCAAAAUGUCACAUUUUAGGUAUUUAAGUUACCCUUUUCCAUGUGAUAGAUACACAAAAAGUGCAAGGGGCAAAGCCUUUCUGUCUGACCAAUAAAUUUAAUCUUUCAUAAA